AACCAAAAAAGUUGCACGUUUUGCAUAUAUUGGUAUUUUAAAAAUAACGCAAGAAAAUCGUGUUUAAGGGUAAAAAUAAUUUUGGUGCAGUUCGAGGAAGUAGACAUGAGAUUUACGUCCAGCUUGUUAAGACGCAUGGCAGAAUGGUCGAAGAAAUACUCAAAUUUACCGGACAGCUACAUAGAACGAGCUAUGGCACAGGUUUACUGGAAGACACCUAACAAGCCGAAUUAUUUACCACGCACGAUUGAAAGAAAACGAUUUCGUUUCUCUAUACAUCGUCCGUGGACUCAUGAAUUUCGUCGUCAGAAUGCACCUGGGGUAUACCAUAAGUUUGUUCACGUGGAACCUAUUAAGGAUUGGAGCUUCUUCCGGGGUGAUAGAGUAGAGGUUUUAGUAGGAAAAGAUAAAGGAAAGCAAGGGAUUGUAAAAGAGAUUUAUCAAGAAAGGAAUUGGAUAAUUGUCGAAGGACUUAACACAAAGCUGAUAACCACUAUGAAGAGUAAAAGUUUUCCUGGUUUAUACUUGCAGCAGGAACAGCCGCUAUUGGUGACCUCGCAGGUACAGUUGGUCGACCCUUCAGAUAUGCAAGGAACUCCAGUAGAAUGGCGAUACACGGAGGAUGGCCAGCGUGUACGCGUAUCCGUGAGAACUGGUAGACUAAUUCCCGUUCCUGUCUCGAGUAAAGAGACGAUAGAUUACAGGAUUCCUCGGUUAUAUCUAGAGCAGGCAAAAGAUACAACUAAAGCUGACGUAGAAAAAAUAACUUUUGCACCGGCAUUGAAAACCUUCGAAAUGGAUAUCAUGGAUGAAAUGGGUAUCAAGGAAGAUCGUGUUCCAAAGAAAUUUUAUUGGUAUUAAUCAUUGUUAUAUACAAUUCGCUGUUAUUUUCACAAUGUACAAUUAUAGUAUUUAAUAAAUAUAUUAAGCGAACAAAGGGAUGAAAACAUA